AUGACUGAGGUCGUGGAGCUGGAGAGGGGCGCCCCGCGUCCUCGGAGCCCGUCCGGGGGCCCGGCGCUUCAGGCGGAUAGGCGGGGCGAGACGGAGACCGCCGGCCCUAUGGCUCAGAGAGAGGAGGCGAGACAGGGCCCCGCGGAGGCGCCGGGGAGCGACGGGGCGGGCGCAGCCGCGACGGCCGCGGGGCCCGAAGGAGAAGGCUCGGGGCCGGCCGGAGGGCGAGAGGGCGGGCUGGAGCCGGGCGCCGGCGGGGGCCCAGGAGCCGACACGCGGGGCGCGAGCGGGGCGCAUGGCCAGGACGAGGCAGGGGACGACGCCCGCAAGGUAGAGGGGCCGACGAGCGGCGCGGGGCCGGAGGAGGAGGCGGGCCCCGGGCCAGGCGCGCAGGGCGAGGAGCCGGGGGAGGCUCAAGCGGGGAGCGGGGACUCCGCGGCCCUGAACGAGGCGGAAGAGGCGGGGAGCGGGCCGGGGGAGCCGGCCGGCAGCGCGCCUGGGGCGUCCGGGGCGCGCGUGGACGCCGAGGGGCCGGCGGGGGCCCGCGUGGAUGCCCCGGAGUCGGUGGGGGAAAGCGUGGUAGCCGAGGGGUCGGCGGGGGCCCGCGUGGACGCCCCGGAGUCGGUGGGGGAAAGCGUGGUAGCCGAGGGGUCGGCGGGGGCCCGCGUGGACGCCCCGGAGUCGGUGGGGGAAAGCGUGGUAGCCGAGGGGUCGGCGGGGGCCCGCGUGGACGCCCCGGAGUCGGUGGGGGACCGCCUGGACGCCGAGGGGCCGGCGGGGGAGAGCCUGGGAGCCGAGGAAUCGGUGGCGGAUAAUACAGAUGUCGGGGGGCCAGCGGGGGCCAGCACGGAUGUCGGGGUGCCGACGGCAGGAGCGCAGGGCGCCGAGGGUGAGCCCCGGGACGGAGGGGACCGCAGCUCCCAGUCCCAGGCGGAGGCGAUUGAGGCCCCAGCGGCGGAGAGCGCGGGGUGCACCCCCGGGGAGCUUGCGGGGGAGCCUCGGGGCUCAGCGGAGGAGACGGGCGACCCCGAGGGAGGUGAGUCGGGGGAGGCGGCCCCAGGGGACGCUUGGGCAGAGGCCGGCGAGGACGCGGACCAGAGUGGGCCCCCGGGGCAGGCGGAGGAGGCCGAAGAGGAGAGGCUGGAGCGGGGUCUCCAGGGGCCAGGCGAGGAGGAGCCCCGCGAAGGCACCGCUGAUGACGAGGCGACCCGGCCGUUGGAGGUCGGGGAGCCCCAGGCCGAGCUGAGCAGCCACUCGGCGGGCGAGCGCAGCGCUGAACGCGGCGGCGGCGGCGGCAGCGGGACAGUGCCCGAGAACGGCGGCCAGGAGGACGGCGAGGCGUCCGAGGAGGGGGCCCCGGGGCAGGACCACGACAUCACGCUCUUCGUGAAGGCAGGCUGUGAUGGUGAGAGUAUUGGAAAUUGCCCAUUUUCUCAGCGUCUCUUUAUGAUUCUCUGGCUAAAGGGCGUUAUAUUUAAUGUGACAACAGUGGACUUGAAAAGGAAACCCGUGGACCUGCAGAACUUGGCUCCCGGCACCAACCCACCUUUCAUGACUUUUGAUGGUGAAGUCAAGACAGAUGUGAAUAAGAUCGAGGAGUUCUUAGAGGAGAAACUGGCUCCCCCAAGGUACCCUAAGCUGGGAACCCAACACUCUGAAUCUAACUCUGCCGGAAAUGAUGUGUUUGCCAAGUUCUCAGCAUUUAUAAAAAACACCAAGAAGGAUGCAAAUGAGAUUUAUGAAAGGAACCUGUUAAAGGCCCUGAAGAAGUUGGAUAGUUAUCUGAACAGCCCCUUGCCUGAUGAGAUAGAUGCCUACAGCACCGAGGAAGCUGCUAUUUCUGGAAGGAAGUUCCUGGAUGGCAAUGAGCUCACGCUGGCUGACUGCAACCUCUUACCCAAGCUCCACAUUAUUAAGAUCGUGGCCAAGAGAUACAGAGAUUUUGAAUUUCCUUCUGAAAUGACUGGCAUCUGGAGGUACUUGAACAAUGCGUAUGCUCGGGAUGAAUUCACAAACACAUGUCCUGCAGACCAGGAGAUUGAACACGCGUAUUCAGAUGUUGCCAAAAGAAUGAAGUGA